AUGACUGGCCCUGCCUCUCCCCAGGCCGAUGGUCCCACGUUUGCUCCUCCUCCGUUGCCCGCGGGUUGGAUUGCUCAGUGGGAUGGCACGAGCAAGAAAUACUACUAUGUCCAGCUGUCGACUGGUGUUUCGCAGUGGGAUGUCCCUACCGAGCCUGCUAAGACGGGCAACACUCCCGCUCCUCCUGGUGAACACCCUUACGGGACUCCCAAGCCGCCUGAACUUAUCACGCACCCUGAUGGAUCGCAGACUGUGCGCCAUGCCGACGGUACCAUGGAACCAAUCAUGCCCGAUGGGUCUCGCGGUGUAGAUGGGCCCUCUGGAGAUCGAGGACUCGGAAGCAUGGCUAUGAACGCUUUGCUCGGCGGAAAGAACUCUGGUCACGGUGGUAGCGGUGGCGGAGGCAGCAGCUCCAGCCCAUUGGGCAGCCUUGGUGGCCUUGCAAACCAAUUCCUCGGCGGUAGCCAUGGUGGUAGUGGCAGCGGAGGGAACAAGCCCUCGGGUGCAGGCAAACUUGUUGGGCAACUGGCUCAGAGCUUCAUGCACUCGGCUUCCCAGGAGAAGCCCCCCGCGCCUCAGAACUACCACAGCAGUUCCAGCCAGAACUCUCAACAGCAGCAGCAGCAGCAUGGAGGAGGAGGAGGAGGAGGAGGAGGAGGAGGAGGUAUCGCUGGUCAAAUUAUGGGUGGCGUAGCAACCAUGUUUGGAGGGAAGCACGGUAGCAACGGACAAAACUCGAACUUUGGUUACAACUCUGGACAGCAACAGCAGCAGCAGGGCGGAGGAACAUACUCUGGCCAAGCUCCCACUUACAACCCACCAGGCUCAGGCUCAGGCCCAGCUCCAUCGGCACCUCCUGCUACUGGAGCGCAUUCUUAUAGUACGCCUUCGCCGAGCCAGCACCAGCAGCAUGGCUCUCACCAGUCUUACAAUGCGCACCAGCAACAACCUGGUGCUGCCCAGCAGUAUGGUAGUCAGCAGCAUUCUAGCCCAACCCAGCAAUACGGCUCGCAUCAGCAACAGCACGGUUCCAGUUCCCCCUAUGGAAGCCAUCAACAGCAGCCGGGUUCGCACCAGCAAUAUGGUGGAAACUCUUUCGGAGGGAGCCCACACCUAUCGCACAACAACUCGUUCCCUCCUCCGCCUCCAGGAGGUCCGCCCCAGCAAGGACAACAGGGACAACAAGGACAGCAUGGACAACAGUAUUUCCCUCCUCCUCCUGGACAUCAAUCGCAGCAUCAGCCGUCUGGUCAGGGUUAUCCUGACACUAAACCCCACGGUAGCCAAUUCGGCGGGGCACCAGAGCAGCAUGGCCAGCAUUCACAGGGCUACAGCGCACCCCCAACUGGUGGUUCUCAGCAGUAUCCUCCUCCCCCACCUGGAGGACCCCCCGGGGGAUACAAUCCUUCCUACAAUGGGGGACAUGGAAACCAGCAGCCAUCUUACGGUAAUCAGUCGCAACACGGCAGUGGCGCUCCUCCUGUUCCUCACGGAAGCCAUCCCCAACAACAAUAUGGGGGACCUUACUGA